CAGCAGCAGUAGCCGUGUUUGGGUUCCGCAGCACCACCGGGACAUCACUCUAGGGAGGCUGGACGGCUACCUGGCGGCGGAUGGGCAGUUCUCCGACCGCACCAUCCGUGCCGACAUGUGGAGCCGGAAGUGCGCGGAGUGCGUGUCCCUGGAGGUGUAUAGCCACCCCCGGGGUAUUCCGUACCCGACGUACGAUGAGGCCAUACGGAUGCCGUACUGUCCAGCCAAAGUGGGCGACAGCUUUGGUCCCUCCUGGACCACCCACUGGUUCCGUGUUCGAGCCCGAGUGCCCCCCGACUGGGACGGAUUGGGGCCCCUCAUGUUUAGGUGGGACAGCGGCUCCGAAGCCAUGUUGUACACUGAGGGGCCCACCCCCCGCCAAGGAAUCACGGACCAGCGCAAUGAGUACCAGCUGGGGGAGUGGGCGGUUGGGGGCCAGGAGCUGUUGUUUUAUGUGGAGAUGGCGGCCAACGGAAUGUUCGGUAACGGCCCCUCAACUAACAACAUCCAACCACCUGACGAAAACCGCUACUUCACCCUGAAGACGGCCGAGUUGGCCAUCCCCAACCUCCCGGUCGUGGCCCUCUUCCACGACCUGCGCGCUCUCACGGGUCUGGCCAAGGAGCUGCCCGCGGGGAAUGCAACUGGGGAGAUCGCGCUGUACACCGCGAACAAGAUCGUCAACACGUACUUCCAGGGCGCGCCUCCCGAGUGUGUGUCUGUAUGUCGGUCCCUGGCGGCCGAGGUACUGGCUGUACGGGACCCCGGAGAGAGACUGCAGGUGUAUGCAGUGGGUCACUGCCACAUCGACACAGCCUGGCUCUGGCCCUUCUCCGAAACCCACCGUAAGACGGCUCGCAGCUGGAGCUCGCAGUUGCGACUGGCGGAGAGGUACCCCUGGCACGUCUUCACCGCGUCGUCGGCCCAGCAGUACGAGUGGCUUCUUCAGGACUAUCCUGGGCUGUUCUCGGAGAUUCAGGAGGCGGCGGCCCGGGGCACAUUCGUACCUGUGGGAGGCACGUGGGUGGAAAUGGACACCAACCUGCCCAGCGGGGAGUCACUUAUACGGCAGUUUCUGUACGGCCAGCGGUUUUUUGAGGCGCAUUUUGGCAGUCGUUGUGACGUGUUUUGGUUGCCCGACACCUUCGGUUACAGCGGGCAACUGCCGCAGAUUGCCCGGGGCGCGGGUAUCCGCUACUUCCUGACGCAGAAGCUCAGUUGGAACAAUAUCAACACCUUCCCGCACUCCACCUUCCAGUGGGCUGGGCUCGACGGGUCUUCGCUGCUUACACACUUUCCCCCCGCCAAUACGUACAACGCGCAGGCAGACGCGCACGACAUCCUUUUAACGGCCACCAACUCCAAGGAUAAGGACCGGGCACCCGCGGGCUACAUGCUGUACGGCAACGGUGACGGCGGCGGCGGUCCCACAGUGGAUAUGUGCGAGAGCCUGUCCCGUCUGGCGGGGUGCCGGGGCCUGGAGUCCCUGACGGUGGCCUCCCCAUCCGAGCGCGGGGAGCUUUAUUUCGAGCUACACCGAGGAACCUACACCUCACAUGCCGCCAACAAGUCGCACAACCGGUCGUGUGAACUGUUGCUUCGGGAGGCGGAGGCGGCGGGGGCGCUGGCGGCCGCCGUACUGCCGGCGGAUGUGUACUGCUAUCCCAGAUCGGAGAUUGACGCGAUCUGGAAGGACGUGUUGUUGUUCCAGUUCCACGACGUACUACCGGGCAGCUCCAUUGGUCAAGUUUACGACUAUACGGCAGAAAGAUACCCCAUCCUGGAGUUCAACAUCCGCAAGAUUCGUGACGCAGCACUGGAGGCCCUUCUGGCGGCAGCAGGGGGGGCUACGGCUACAGCCGCAGUUGGGGCUACCGUGCCCUGCGGCAGUAGCAGCUGCAACGACAGCAACUACUACUGCGUUGGUGGCGGUGGUGGCGGUGGCGGGGUGGGGACGCUGCACAGUGCGGAGGUGGUUGGCGCCAGGCCGCUCAACCCCCACGUCUGCCAUUCUGCCCCAUCGCCGUACAACAACCCUCUUAGCGUCGCCCAAGAUUGUUAUGUGGUGCCUCGUGCCGGCGGUCAGGUAAGUGCCAUAGCUCGCGCGCUUGCCCGUAUCGUCUCAUGCGGUCACUGCUGGCGGCGGUGCGGCAGCCAGCGCUGCACUGCGGGCUCAGGUCGUCCGCCUCCACCGCCGCCGCCGGCCCAACACCAGUCUCACUAUCGGCAGGGAGCGGAAGGGGAGACGGAGGGCGGGCGAGGAGCGCUGCCGCGAGUGGUGACCGCCGCCGCGGCGGCGGCGGCGGCGGCGGCGGCACCUGUCACAGGCAGCGGAGGGUUCAGCCCCGGGACGGUAGUAGGGGCGGCAGCCCGGGUUCGUACGACAGUUGGCUGGGUGUACAACAGCAUGGCGUUUCACCGGCGGGAGGUGGUCUCAGUGCCCGUGGAAAUGUUGCCGCCGGGCGUGUCCGUACGGCAGCUGUCGGCAGAUCGUACGGCAGCGUUGGUGGUGGUGGAUGUGCCGCCGCUGAGUCUGACACCGCUGUUGCAGCAGGAUCUAGCGGCGGGGUACGGCAGUGCGGCGCCGGCGCUGGCGCCGGCUCCGUCGGCGCCGGCGUGUGGCGGCCGCGAUGAUGCCCCAUGGGUCGGUGGCGGCGCGACCAUUCUGCGCGAGACGACCCGCAAGGACGGUGUUGUUUACGUGAUGCAAAACAGCCUGAUCCGGGCCAUGUUCGACAGCUGUGGACGUCUGAUCAGCCUGUACGACAUGAUCUGGCAGCGGGAGCUGGUGCCCGAGGGCGAAGCAGGGAACGUGUUCAGACUGUACGAGGACAUUCCGUUGUACUGGGACGCCUGGGACAUCGAGAUAUACCACCUGGAGAAGGGCUACCCGGCGGGUCAGGGACUGCCCCCGCCCAAGGUGGAGUGGUCGGAGAACCGAACUGCGCUCAAAGUGGAAUUUCCAUGGCUGCUGGAUGCACCGAACGCGUCGUACGAGGUGCAGUUCGGCGCCGUACAACGACCGACCCAUACCAACACGUCCUGGGACUGGGCGAGGUUUGAGGUGUGCGCCCACAAGUGGGCUGAUCUGUCGGAGCCCGGGUACGGCAUUGCGCUCCUGAACGACUGCAAGUACGGCCACGCGACACACGGCAACAUUAUGCGGCUGACGCUGCUCCGGCGGCGGGAGUGGUGGCGCAGUGGGUGGGCCUUCAACGGGCCGCUGAGGGUGGUCGGGCCGCCCCAGCCGCCGUCGCCGCGGAAGCCUCACCCCGCGGCGGCUCGGGCAGUGCUGGCGGCUGCUGGCGGCUAUGACCCUUCACAGCCCAUGUUUUGCGCGACACCACGGCAUUUGUACACCAUGUCACCCUCACCCUCACCCUCACCCUCACCCGCACACUCGUACUCGCCGCUGUGCACACCCGCCACCACUAACACCACAAACACCAUUACUUGCUCACUGACGUCGCCAGUCGCCAGCAGCGUCGCCCGGGGCGCCAGAGCGCCCGCAGACGAGCCGCCGGGGGCCCUGGUGGUUCGCCUGUACGAGCCCCACGGCGGCCGCGGUGUGGCCCGCGUCAGGUGGCCCGCCUGGCUGCGUGUGAGCCACGUGGCGCUGUGCAACCUCCUUGAGGAGGACCAAGGGGGCGUGGAGGGGGAGGGGGAGGGGGCGGAGGGGGGAGAUGGGAGUGGCGGGAAGGCGGGCCUGCUGGUGGUUCGCUGGGACGGUGCGGGCGGUUCGGUGGACAUUGAGUACGGGCCGUUCAAGGUAAUCACGCUCAAGCUGUACCUAGAGCAGGAGCUCGUGGUGGAUGACAGCGGACAACCGGAGGCUUACGAGAUCAACUACAUCACCUUCUAUGCCUUUAACGGACACUACCAUAUUCCUGCCAAUGUGCCGCUCUUCCGUACAGGCCACCACGUGGGGGACUGGGAGCACCUGACGGUGCGCCUAGAUGCCACCUCCCUGGAGCUACAGGUGGAACCGGGGGCGGGGCCGUGUACUCAGGGGGUUUGGUACAACGCGCACCGCAAUAUUGAGGGCGAGUGGGUCCCUGGGGUGGCGGUUCCUCGCACCCCCUGCGGCCGCAUCCUGGGGUUUGUGGCCAUCAACGGUCACGGAAUAUACCCCAAGUGCGGCACCAUCCACAGGCUGUUCUUCAUCGUCAAUGACCGCACCUCCCGACGAGGACCCGUGUGGGCCCCCACCCGCCUUGUACGGCUGUGUGGACUGGAGUUCCUCAAGGUGGUGGAGGUGCUGGUGCUUGUGUUAUGCUACAAGGUGCAGAGCCUGUUCCUGCCGACCAUUGGCGGCAAGUUGGAUGACCGUAGAUUCAUGAGGAUGAAGCUCAUCGAUGAGUCACUCAAGGCUUGGAAGCUGGGUCUGGAGGGCAUGCCAUCAUCACAGCGCAUCACCAUGCUGGAACUGGCAUUUCCAAACAUGGGGGUGCAGAUCAUCACAGAGCAGCACCUUAGAGUGAUUCCUGGAGUUGCACCUGGACAGGAUGGUGGAUACUACUUUUGCAGCUCACACAAGCACCAGAUCGUGCGGUUGCUGUUCAACAGCGAUGGCAUGCUGUGGGAGAGCUGGAGUGGCCUGGAGUUUAGCACUACCCUGACGCAGCUGGAUGCGGGUUGGAGCUCCAGAAGUGGCUUCAUGAAAGAGUCGCGGAUGUAUGCAGCCCUGCUCACAUCCAGCUUGCUGCCGAUGGUCAGCAGGAACAGGCUCUGCACCUCGUCACAUAACACCAGACCUCCAUCACAUGAGGAACUCCUGGAUGGCAUCGCCCAGCAUGCCGGGGUCGGUGCUGAAGAAGGGCCACACCAGCACAUCCUCUGCAGCCUCCAGCGCACCCUCCCGCAUGGGAACAUGUUCCUUCCAUGCCCAUCUCAGCAACACACCCAGCAGGUUCCACAACAUGGCCGUAGUGCCUUCCUGCAGAUGCAGCACAACACCACUCAGCGAUAUCGCGGCCGUUGGGGCUCUGUGGUGUCACCAACUUUGCAGGGCUGGUUUCUGAAUGCCGAGCCGCCAGUCAGCCGCGGCUGCCUGCGCCGCCUGUUCCUGCCCCUUGCACGGGGAGUGGAGAGGCUGGAGCCCGCCUGCUGUGUGACUUCGGACUUCAGCUUCUUGGGAGGGCAAGUGGACCCCGAUAUAGACCCCCCGGGGGGUGUUCAUGACGGUUAA